UGGAUACAAAGCGAUAUGAAAUGAAUGGAUUAAUAGUAACUUGUGUGACAAAAAUAUAAUUAAAAUCGGAUUUUACGAAGAGACAAAUAUGGCAAGGCUCAUGUUGCUGUUCAUAUGUGUUGCUAUAUUUAGCAUUGCUUAUGGUAACGACGUGAAGCAAAGGCUACAACGAAUUCCUCCACCAGUCCCUUUCUUUAACGAAGAUGCAUCACUCGGCCGAUGGUUUGUCCAGGCUAGAUUAGCGGGGUGCGGGUAUUCAAGUUCCGACACAAUCUCAGAUUUCUCACAGUUAUUAAGUCGUGAAGGAAGUGGUGCAUUGAUAAGCUACGAAACAUGGAGGAAUGGAGGUUUGUGUAACACACUUGCAUCAAGAUUCAUUCGACAAAAUGUUCCAGGAGUGUAUACUGUUAAAGAUCCCAUUGGAGCCUUAUGGAGUGGCACUGUAAUCAACGUUGCCAUAGACUACAAACGCUUUAAGAUUCUGUAUGGCUGUGUCAAGAUGUCUGUGGUAGGAAACUUAUGUGACGACCCUUUCUUGAAUGUAUACACAAGAAUGCCUAUGCCUAAUCCCGGAACACUAUCUGUCAUCGAUAGUGCUCUCCGAAAUAUAUUCGGAAUUUCCCUCGCCAGCUUGCCAAGAACUCCACAUGGAAUGAAGUGUCCUAUGAAUGGCAUUCGAGGAGGCAUGAUGGAAAAGAAAGGGAAAUAAUCGAUCUAACAGACUUUUAAAUAGAGUUUCUGUACUUUUCCGAAUACAUAUGAUAAAAUUUUAAACCUGAAAUAUUUUAAUAAAAAUUAGCAGAA